AUGAUCCUCACCUCCUUCAACAGAACCAGUUGUACAAAACUUGAACCCAUUUUGUUUGCUGUGUCUCACUUCCGUAAAAACUACCACUCCCUUCCCUUGAAUCCCUUUAACUACCUUUUGAACUCUUGUUCCUCUCUUUCGGACCUCAAGCGAAUCCAAGCUCUUGUUCUCGCUAAUGGGUCUCACAGAAACCUUCUGUUAUCGACCAAACUCAUCACUUUAGCCUGCUCCUUGGCUCCAAAAAUGGACUAUGCACGCCAAAUGUUUGAUGUAAUGCCUGAAAAGGAUGUGUUCGUUUGGAACAACCUGAUUCGAGGCUACGCCAAUCUGGGUCCUUGUCAAGAGGCCUUAAUGCUCUAUAGAUACAUGCAUCGAAUUGGGUUGUUACCGGACAGAUAUACUUUUCCUUUCGUUUUUCGGUCUUGUGCAGUCCUCUCGGCCUUGAGGGAAGGGAGGGAAGCACACUGCAAUGUAAUUAAGAACGGGUUCGAUCUGGAUGUGUUUGUGCGGAGUUCUUUGGUUACAAUGUACUCACAGUGUGGGGAGACUUUGAGUUCGGAGUUAGUUUUUGGCGAAAUGGUUGUGAGGAACAUUGUUUCUUGGACUUCAAUGAUUGCGGGGUAUUCACGCUUGUGA